UAACAUCCCUGCUCAUUCCUUACAGCCAACAUUGGUACCCAGACCACCGGGCCCGGUGAGGCAGGAUGCUCUACACCAAGGAGGCCUCUCCUGACACACAGAUGUUGCUUGGGAACGCCCAGCACCUAUGGGGUGAGCGUCUCUACUCCCUUAUCUACGAUGUCCACACCCAGCUGGCUGGCAAGAUCACGGGCGUGCUGCUGGAGAUCGACAACUCGGCGCUGCUGCUCAUGCUGGAGUCCCCGGAGUCCCUCGGUGCAAAGGUAGAAGAGGCCUUGGCAGUGUUGCAGGCUCACCAGGCAGCGGAGAGGACGAAAGUGAACGUCACUGAAACCAGGCAAACGGGACCACGACCGAACCUGAAGAGCUGCUGUGAGGACUGAAUGAGUCUCUGGAGGUCCCCUGAGGGCAUGGCAUGCUGUAGGUGCGGGGGACCUGAGUGGUGGUGUCAGAACCGAGGUGAGCCAGGGACGGCGCACGGGCACACGCAGAUGCACACGCACGUGAGGCGGGGCACCAAAAUAGCAUCCAGGAUGCGGGAGACUUUUGGCCUCCAUGUUUUGUGUAGUUACCAGUGCUCCAAGUUAAGUUUAUAAUUCAGUGUGAUCACGACCAAAAGCCCAACAACAUACUUCUUGAAAUUUGUCAAAAUGACCCUAAGGUUUAGCUGGAAGAGCUAAUCUGGGAAAACAGCCAGAGAUGCUCACUGAGCAUGAGGAAAAGACCAGCCCUGUGAGAUAUUACACAGACGAGUAAUGCCCUGGCUGGAGUGGCUCAGUGGGUUCAAACCACAGGGACCCCGGUUCCAUUCCCAGUCAGCAUAAGCCGAGGUUGCGGGCCGAGAGGUAACCCAUCCAUGCUUCUCUACCUCUCUCUCCCUUCCACUCUCUCUAAAGUAAAUAAAAUCUUUUAAAAAAGGAAUGCAAACUGAAAAGCGGUUUUUAAAUCGUCAUCUCAAAGUGUGGUAACUAUUCAGGAAAACGGGUUAACGGAGGUCUCCAGAAAGCGGGGCUGGCGAGGCCAGAGAGCCCAGCGACGGGGGUGUUAGAAGCCGGCGCUGCACUCACACGGAGCCAGUGGGCCACGGACUCUUAACCAAGUCAGCCCGGCGGACGGAGGCACCCCGGUCACUCAGCCAGUAAAGCCAGAGGUCCGGUACUUAAAACUGAGAGUUCUCUCUUUCACUCGGGCAGUACAGCCUGACCUGAACUGGCACGAGGCCGAUCUCUUUCCAUGCCACCCACGGGAAAGUGUCAGUUCCUUUUGCAUCACCGCGGAAACGCUCCCAACCGACUUCACGAGCCGCCAGACCCUGAACGUCACGCGAUUCAGGGUACGGACCGCGUUUCCCCACUGGACGGAAACACGGGUUUGGCUACAGCACGGUGAGCCUGUAACAGAGACCAGGUUUCUGAACUGAAGGUGCAGGUGCAGGCCCUGGUGCGGCGCCAGGAGCCUGGCCCCUCAGGCGAGACGGCACCUGUCCCUCGCU